UUUCGUUCUGUUGUUGUAACAACAACGAUCGGCACCUCGUUCGGUUUGUUUUAGUUGUUUGAUGCAGUGCACAAAAGUUCCACCUUCCAACUGUAUUGUCCACAGCGUCGAGCGCUGCUGAAACUCCUGUGAAUUCCGUUUGUAUUCGCGAACGAUCGCGCCUUUCCCCCGUGAAUCCGCCUGUUCCAGAAUGUCCCGUUACAACCAAACGCACGCACAAACCUUCAAGCUGGUUGUUGUGGGUGGUGGAGGUGUUGGCAAAUCGGCUAUCACCAUCCAAUUCAUACAGAGUUACUUUGUAACUGAUUAUGAUCCCACCAUCGAAGACUCCUAUACCAAACAAUGCGUCAUAGACGAUAUGCCAGCGAAGCUCGAUAUUCUCGACACGGCCGGCCAGGAGGAGUUCAGUGCCAUGCGCGAGCAGUAUAUGCGCUCCGGGGAAGGAUUUUUGCUCGUGUUCGCCGUCACCGAUCAUGCGAGCUUCGAUGAGAUCUACAAAUUUCACAAGCAAAUCCUGCGGGUAAAGGACCGCGACGAGUUCCCGAUGCUGAUGGUGGGCAACAAGUCCGAUCUGGACCACCAGCGGGUCGUGCCGUUGGAGGAGGCGCAGCAGCUGAGUCGCCAGCUGAAGAUCCCCUACAUUGAGUGCAGUGCCAAGCUGCGCAUCAACGUCGAUCAGGCAUUUCACGAGCUCGUACGGGUGGUGCGAAAGUUUCAACUGUCCGAGCGACCGCCGAUCGACGAGAAGGGAAAGCGAAAGAACCGAAAAAAGUGCUGCAUACUGUAAGCUGCCGACUGCACUGUUCGUAACUGCAGUGCCACUGCAGCGAGCAAUAGCUACUUUCCCACACAUCACCUUCCGUCAAACCUACCGAAGUUGAGUAGAGUUUAAAAGUUUACAUCCAUGAUUUCAUUUGCACAGCGUCUGUUUUUGCGUGGAGCAAAACAUCUAUUCAAAAACCUCUUCGAAGCCCGACCUUUCCCAAUACGAUCUUCAAUCCAACGUGUUGGAUUCACGAUUAUUACAUUGUUCUAAGUGCCAAAAGUGACUCAAUCCUGCUCAGAGCAGCAUGAUAUGAUCGAUAAUGUAUGGGUGUUUCUACUGUGCUGAAUGAAUCUAAGUAGAAACGACGCAACUCAUCGAACAGUUACUGUGAAAACUAACAGAAAAAUAACUGCCAAUUGUUCCAUCGCAUUAUUUGUUUUCAAUAUGGCACUUAUCAACUUUGGCUAAGCCAACACAAUAACGAAACUUAACGAGCCAUAUUGUCGUGCCAUAAUUGAGCGAGAGCGUACAUAUGCAAACCGCGCACAAUUAUUUGACACAUUUUAGAGCAGCCGAAUUAAAAAUUCGCAUAACGAAACGGGGUCGGCCCAGUGAAACACACAAUAACUAAUACUUUUCUCACCGAUUUCGUCAGAAAUGCACAUCAGUUAGGUUUCAUGAGCAAUUUUAAAUUUAAAGCAUUAUAGGGAAAGCGUAAGGAACUAGGCUUCAGGGCGAAAUUAACCGACUGGAACACAGCACCAACAGCAAAUCAGCAUAUAUCAUCUACGAAUUUGCGAGUGGCAACGUACCGUGUGUCCACCCAACAUAUCGAAAGACUUAUUCGUAGUUAGCUAAGUGUUCAACCUUUUUAAGAGGGAUACUAGUGGCGUCCGCCUUUACGAGAGAUAUUCGAUCGAUUUAUGGCGCGCGCUAGUUGUUUGUGUAGCACAAUAAUCGGCCCUGCAGGAGGACAGCUUACUCCUACGGCCACUGGUGGCAUAACCAGUGAAAUGUUGUUAAAGUUAUACAGUGUCCACGCAUCCGUAUACAAGCGUCUGUAUUGUAUCGAUACAGGAAAACGCUCCAUUUAGAAACAUAUCUGUAUUAACAUCGGCUCGAUUUUGUCUGCUAACUCUUUGCAAAGGAAGAAUUGAAAAGGUCAGACGGAGGAAGGGGAAACGCUUACAGCGUUACACAGCUACAGGCAGAAAGGGGUUUUACUAUGUGUAAUCUACAUUAGCGUUUAUUGUAGCCAAGCGAACAGUGUCUAUUAACCAAAAUAAUAACGAAACGUUAAUUACUAGCUUUAAAUGUGCUUCGACAAACUUUAAGCAGCAAAAUGGCAAUAAUAGGUCGUGUAACGGAGGUAACGGAAAUAGUAGUCACGAUUGUUUGUCCUCGUUUUGGCGUGCCACCGAAAGGUUUCCAAGACCCGGACAAGCGGCGGAGGUAACGUUGAUUUUCGUUGAUUUAACGUGUAAUGACUUUUUGUUUUAAACGUUAGCACAACCACCCUUCCCCUAGGUAAAUGAAUAUUUUCAAACAAAUUCAUUUGUUGUAUCGGUGCUAAAUAUUUUGUAUUCCGGGGCGAAAGGGAAAUGGAGAUAAACUGGCGAAAAGAACAACGCUUCAAGAAGGGCCUUUUCUUUGAAAAAGAACAUAAAACAACAACAACAACCAGUGUUAGGAGAAUAGUUUUUUUUUACAAUUUAACUUUCAUGUAUCAUUCGUCGAAAUGAUUGUUAAUCAAAUAUAUUUACUGGAUUUUAAUAUACUAAUGAACUAUCA